AUGGCAGUAUGUCUUCCCUCUUUAUCGGAUCUGAGGGCAGAACCUACCCUUAUGGAAAUCAACCAGGAGCUUCAGUUGCAGCUGGCAAAGUACAAGCAGGACUUCAGAGACCUCACAGAGAAAUUCCUCAUAUCCCAAGCUACUGCUUACUCCCUGGCCAACCAGCUACAGAAAUACAGUUCACCAGGAUUCCGGGGAAACCUGAGUCUGUGCUACAAGAUGGGUGACCAACAUGAGAUUGAUGAGUGUGAAGCAUGUAAGGACAUCGUUGAAUCCGUGCUGGGGGAGAAGCUGCUGUUUGAGGUGCGGAGGCCAGCAGAGAAGCCGGCAGAGAAGCCAACGCUUGAUGAAAGGCUGAGGACGUGUGACACCCUAAUUCGAAGUCAGGCAAGAGAGCUGACCCAGUUACGGCAGACACUACAGCAUGGGAAAGAUGACUCUGUCCUGCUCAAACAACACCUCAAGGACCUCCUCACCCACAAUGACCAGGGCAGCCACCAGGGGCAGGGCUUCCGAGAGAGACUGUCUGAGGGAUACCGACUGGCAGAGCGCAUUGCCUGCAAGCUCAGCCCAGAAAUUUACAAAGAUGACGACGAUGAACAAGCACAAGAAAAACUAUCUCCCAGCGAGAACUUGCAGGAGGAUGAAAAGAAGGUGGAGUUCCAGCAAUCCCAGGAAGAAUGUGUUUCAGUACCUUCAACUCUCCAGGAAGGUUCUGCCUGCAACCAGCCUUACAGUGAUGGAAAAUUUGCAUUUGAUGAAGAGAAUGUGGCAUCUGCCGUGGAUGGAGCCUGUGGCUGCUCUCACACUGAAGAGGAUGAAAUUCCAACUGGUCUCCCAGAAAACCAGAAUGAUCACGGUGACAUGAAAGGACCAGAGGUGGUUGCCCCGAGGAGCAAUGCCAUCUUCUCCCUUGAGGACGUGGAUGUCUCUUAUGCCCGGGAUGUACCCAAAAACCAGAAUGAUCACGGUGACAUGAAAGGACCAGAGGUGGUUGCCCCGAGGAGCAAUGCCAUCUUUUCUCUUGAGGACGUGGAUGUCUCUUAUGCCCAAGAUUUAACUAAAAAUCUCGCUGAUCUUAAAGAUGAGGAAGAUCAAGACAUCAUCUCUUCGAG